UGGCUGUGGCUGCUCCUCAGCUCCGAUGGCUGCCGGGGAAUUGAGGCCGUCCCCAUCCCGGGACCCCUUUCCCGCCGAGGGGCCCCUGUCUGGGGUGAAGAGGAGGAUGAAGGGGCUCAUCUCAGCCCCUCAAACCCUUCAUUCUCCCGGUGCUGGUCAGUGCUGUGACCCCACAGCCGCAGCAGUGCCCGUGGGGAGCCGGGAGGGUUGGGGGUCAGGGGCACCUCCCACCUCCGCUGCCGUUUUUUUGCACUGCAUUAAUGAGAACCAGAUUGUGCAGCCAGGAAAGAGCCUGGAAGCCAAAUCCUGCUGCUGGAGUCCCUCUCGGUCUCCUGCACGAAUCCUGGGAAUGGGCUCAGCCAUGGGCACGUGGCUGCUGCUCCUGGUGUUGCUGGCGGUGGCCCCGGCGCAGGCGGCAGCGCCCCGGCACCGCCCGGUGCUGCCGGACACCGCGGGCAGCGGGGACGGGGACGAGGCAUCGGCCACGCUGCCCGCCCAGCCCGUCACCCCCCGGGUCAGCCCCACCGUGGGGGACGCUCUGGGGACCACGGUGACCAACAGCUCGGCGCCGGGCGUGCUGGAUGGGCUGGUGGAUUUCUUCAAGGAGUAUCUGCUGGUGGUGGUGGUGGUGGGCUCGCUGUCCUUCGUCCUCCUCUUCAUCAUCUGCGCCGCCGUCAUCGUCCGGCAGAAGCACAAGGCCUCUGCCUACUACCCCUCCUCCUUUCCCAAGAAGAAAUACGUGGAUGAGCGGGACAAGUCGGGGGGAGCGCGGGCGUUCAGCGAGGUGCCCGAGAAAGCCCCCGAGGCGGGCGCGGAGGAGCCACUGGACGGCAGCCGGCAGCUCCAGGCGGACAUCCUGGCUGCUGCCCAGAACCUCAAAUCCCCCCACAAGGCACCGCUGGCCAACGAGGCCCGGGAUGAGCAGAAUUCCCCUCAGGAGAAGGAGGAGGAAGAGGAAGGAAGGAAGAAGUUGGGGGAUGAGCAACCCAAGCUCCCUGCCCAAAAUCCAGGUGCGGAGGAGGCGGCGAGCGCAGGAAGCAAGGAGACCCCAGAUGCAUCCCAGGAUGGCUCCCAGGCUCCCUCUGGAAUCUGAGGCAGGGACACAGUCCCAGGCAAGCCCGAGGAGCUGCUGGCUUGGGACACACGAUGGACACGGUGGAUCAGGUUCCGUACGUACGUGGUGGCUCGAGGAAGCCCCGAUGAAGAUCCCGUUCCCGCCCAGCUCUCCCAACCCUCGUGCUGAUGGGAUGCUCAUGGGGGGGAUUUGCCAGCUGGUGGCUUUCCCCAGCACUGGAACGCUGUCAGCCCCAGCUCCUGCUGCCCAAGGGGUCUCUUCCACCCCAGGAACUGGGUGGGUGCAUCCCCCCAGCUCCAGCUCUGUCCCCACUGUGCCACCAGCUUCCUCCCAAAUCAGCAGCAGCCCGGUCUGUGCCAGGCUCCUGGCUGGGAGCUGUGUCCCUCUGGGACGAGGGACGGGAGCGGGGCUGGAGGUCUGUAGGACAUGGGUCAGCUUUGCCCGUGGCCACCCAAGGGAAAGAGGGAUGAGGGGACAAGGUCCCUCCUUUCCUUCUUUCACCCCAGAGCCCAGCUGGAUUUUUGCCUCACUCCCUGAACCCCUUCAGCUAGAAAUAAACAUUUCCUCCGCACA